ACUCGAUUCGGUACGGAGUAAUCCAUCUCGAGGACCUUUAGGGGUGUGUCACUCGUUGCACGUGUUUACUUCCGGCGCAGACCGGAAACAGAAGUUUUCUGGAGGCAGCGGUGAUAUUCUGCGUCCAGAAUGGGGUCCCACCUCGUGCGGAGCUACAUCACGGAAAGAGACACUACGCCAGACCCGAGGAAACCGUCUGAAUAUGACCCGCAGCUGGGCUUCCCGGAGCGCAGAGAGAGAGAGAUGGUGGCGACGCAGGAGCAGAUGAACCUGGCCAUGCUGCCGGUGGAGCAGCGGGAUUACUGCGCACACUACCUGCUCAAACUCCUCAAGUGCAAGAGAGACAAUUUCCCCAACUUCCUGGCCUGCAAACACGAGAGACACGACUGGGACUACUGUGAACAUCAGGAUUAUGUGAUGAGGAUGAAAGAGUACGAGAGAGAGAGGAGACUGAACUUGAGGAAAAAGAGGAUCGAGGCAGAAGCAGCAUAAACGUCUUCAGUUCUCCAUCAGUUUUCUCUUGCUUCUGUGUGUACAUAUAUAAAUAUACAGCGCUCUCAAUAAUAAAGAUGAUCUUGUGAGCUCUCAAAA